UCUUGCUAUGGUGAUCCAGAAUGAAUUGGAGGGGACUGACAAGUAAACAAUGAUAAUGAUAAUGAUAAUUUAAAAGGGAAAACUGUCUUCUGUUGUGUUCACUUCUUCCUGGAUGAUCAUCGCCGGGCUUACAGCGGCGAGUGCCAGAAAAGAGCACUAGUAGGGGACAAAAAUGACGUUUCUCUCAGUCAACUAGCAAGCUAACAAGCUAGCUGGCGUUAGCUCCAGGCUCCCAUAAACAGCAUCAUCAGCUGCUAAUGAUAACAGAUUUUACCUCUCAAGGCAGCACUCACAGAGAAAUGUAUUUUCUCUACACAAUCAUCGCUGCUUUAGUUUGUUUUUUUAUUUUGAAAUGGAUGAAAAAGAGGAGGUAUUGCACCGACUUGAAUAGACUCGAUGGCAAAACAGUUCUUAUUACAGGUGGCAAUUCUGGCAUUGGCAAGGACACAGCUGUUGCCUUGGCCAUGAGAGGCGCCCGUGUCAUCAUCGCUUGCAGAGACGUGGACAAGGCUGAGAAGGCUGUGAGGGAGAUCAAGUUCAAGAGUCACAGUCUUAACGUCCUUCACAUGGGGCUGGAUCUGGCCAACCUGCGCUCUGUGAGGGAAUUCUGCAAAAGCUUCCUCCAGAGAGAGAAAAGGCUUGACAUCCUGAUCAAUAAUGCAGGCAUGCCCAGCGUCCUCGACUGGACAGACGACGGCUUCAGCAUGUGUUUCGGCGUCAACCACCUGGGUCACUUCCUCCUAACCAAUCUGCUGCUGCCGCGCCUGAAGGAGUGCGCCCCUAGCCGGGUGGUCACUGUCACGUGCUCAACUUACAAAUACCAGAAACUGGACUUCCAGGAUCUCAACUACAACCUGCUGCCCUUCUUCACCUACUGCCGCAGCAAGCUGGCCAACAUCUACUUCAGCCAGGAACUGGCCCGCAUCACAGAAGGGAAAGGAGUGACUUCCUAUGCUGUUCACCCUGGUUAUGUCCAAAGUGGUUGGACGUGCCACUUCUCCAUCCUGUUCCGGAUGCUGAUGCAGGUGAUCAUGUGGAUGUUUUUUGUGCCGUGUGAGAUUGGAGCUCAGACUGUCAUCUACUGUGCUGUGUCAGACGAAGCUGCCAAGCACAGCGGGGGUUACUUCGUCGACUGCCGACCAGCGACUCUGCGUCCUUUUGCAAGAGACGCUGGGGUGGCAAAAAAACUGUGGGAGGCCAGUGAGAGGCUGGUGAAACAGGCCUGAUGGUGGAAGCUGGGGAAACUGUCUGUAUUAUCAUUUUUUGACAGGUGGUAUUUAUGCUCAUGUAUUCUUUAUGGACAAUGUAUUUAAGUUUUUCAUGAACAUUACCGUUGUGUUCAAUUCAGUUGUUAAUUGUAUUUCUCGAGAUUGUGUAUUUUAAAAGAGAAUGUCUGAUUUUGUGAAAAAACACAACUUCUAUUUGUUGAUUAUCAUUUUUAUAUGCAUUAAUAAAAUACUUCACACAUGA